GCAAACCGGAAGUCGUAUUCGUGACAAGCCACACGUUUGCAGUGAGAUGGUGAAUGUUUUUGGCGUUAACUGACAAUAUUACAUUUACGGUUGUGACGGUAUUGUAUGUCGCUUGGUUAAGGACUCACAUUGUGUUAAAAUCACAGGGCAAAAUGAUGGCAUGAAACCGGGGUCACGUUAUCGAUCAAUCAAAGUGUGUAACGUUAACUCAUGGUCCACGGCCAAUUUAAUUCACGAACUUUAUAUCGCUUAGAAAUGUCAGACAUGUGGUUAAGGACGCUGGCAUGACAUCAUUGCUCCCUGAAUGGACUGCAUACCGUGUUGUUGUUGAUACGGCUGGGGGUGUAAUCGGAUCAGGGAAGAUGCAACAAGUUCCGUACGGAUCUGUGGAUCGAGACAAGCCUCUCAUCCGAGUGCCUUUCACCCGUUUUGCGGUGAUCACGGUGUGUUUGCCUCUGCUCGGCCUCAUCACCUGCAUCGUGUUGUCAAUGCUCAAUCACUACAAUGCUGCUACCUACACGCACUGCCAAGUUGCUAACUACCUCCCAUCCAUCAGCGCGGCCAUCAGUCUGACACCGGAGCGCUACAUCUGGCGCUUCAGCAUCGGCCUGCAUUCAGCCCCGCGGUUCCUGAUGGCAGCAGCGUACCUGAGCUUUUACCGAGGCAGAUUUACAAAAAGACUCACAGAGCAGCUUCUCAGUGUCCUUACAUUCCUCUUAGCUCUCAGCGAAAACGUAGGACUUCUUCUGCUCACCUACGUCUCCUCCACAGAGACUUACAAUGUCCAUAAAAGCGGCUUUAUCAUAUUUAUUGGCAGCUCUUUAUUCCACAUGUUAUGCACCUGUAGGUUGUGGUCAGUGAUCGCGAAGUAUUCCCUCAGUGCAGAGGAGAUGAUGUCAUACCGCCAUAAGUUCCGCCUCUUUCUCUUCAACGGCUGUUUCUGCCUGUUGGCUUUCUACUUCUUCAGACGCCACAACACUUACUGUGAAGCAGGAAUUUAUACACUCUUUGCUUUCUGUGAGUAUCUGGUCGUGCUCUCCAACAUGGCCUUCCACAUGACUGCCUACCGGGACUUUGGAGGUAAAGAGGUGAUUGUUGCAACACCUCCAGAGGGAAAACACUUCUGAUACAGGAUGUGAACGCUUACAUCAUAUUCCUAGAACUUGAGACACUACGGCUCUCAUAUCGACCAUCAUGCUGAGGAUGAUUUGGGUAUACGUGUACGAGACAGUUUACAUUCAAUUUUUAUUACAGGUGUUAAAAAAGAUUUCAAAUGAUUAUUUUAAUUUGUUUCCACGUAGAGGAAACUCAUGGGUGUAUUUGGUCUGCUUAUUUUGUCCUCAAAAUGUUCAGUAAUUUAUUAUCUUUUAAUCACUUUUAGUGUAAUAAAAAUGUAAAGUGGCGUUUCUCUUUCUAGUUCUUGUUCAGGAGCGCCUGUUAAAUAUUUGCUCAUUAUUUGCAAAUGUAUAAAGGAAGAGACUGUAAUGUGUUGUCAGUGUAUAUGCAGUUGCUGUUUCACCGGUGUAGCUGUAACAGUGAGAACUGCUUGUGUAUCAACAUCCUUUAACACAACAGAUCAUACACAUGCUGACUAAUACUAGUAGGAGUUCAUUCACACCAGACAGUUCUCUCUUCCUUUGUGACUGCUAGUGUCAAUCAUGUGAAAAGUUUAUUUGCACUUCCUGUUCUUUUUAUUGGCUAAAGAGCAUUGGUAAGGUCGUACUUAUUUAUACUGUUAAACGAUGUUUAUUAUAGGCCUUAGAACAUGUAAAAUGUGAUAGUUGCCAUGUUUUAUACGCAAGGACUGCUAUAACGCAGCGUGACAUGUGACUUGUGUUUCACAGAUUUUGAAUUGGAUUUUUAAAGGCAUUCUUUUUUAUGUUAAGCAUGAUAUUGUGAACAUUUCUGUAUAUAACAAUGCUCAUUUUGAUGUACCAAACUCGUUUUUGUGUCAAAUAAAUAUUUUGAUAUAAAUAACCACGGA